GAAUAAUCGUCGGAAGAGAGAAACGCCGGCGAUCUGAUCGCCGUCUCCUCCUCAUCUCCGCCAGACUGACAAUGGACAAAAAGAAAAGCAACAAGGAGAAGGGAGGUUCUUCGUUGAAUAACAAUGAUGCUGAUGUUGCUUCUUCGUCGGGCCGGAGUGGCAGAGGAAGGCAGAGUCAAGCUACCAAUCCUUUGACGGUAGGACAAGCAAUAAUGAAGGCCAACUACCAUUCCUGCUGCCGACAGUUCUACACCUUACCGGAGCUGAUUGAGUUCAUGACAACCAGGCACCGCGGCUUAACAGCAGAGACGGUGACGAAGGUUUUCAGGGAGAUGUUGAAAAGAAUAAAUGCUGAAAUGUAUCUGAGAGCUGCACAGUAUCACUCUACAGUAAGGAAAAUUGAGCGCAAAAGGCGGGAAUCAGAUGACAAUCUGAGCACUCCUUCUUAGAGGUAUGUUUCGGAAAAUUACUUGGAAAAAAUAUUCAUCAAUAUGAAAUUGAAUCCUUAAUAAAAUGUAAACAAAAACCUUACAAAAAUCCAAAUCGAAUCAAAGAAAAGCAACAUGAGUUUGUGGAUAUCAUAAUCCAAAUAAUAAAGCAAGCACUACUUACUUAGUCGAA